AUGUCUGUGUAUAUUCACGAGGUUAAAGGUGUUGACGAGACCGGUGUUGCUGGUACUCAAGAACAACCAUUCAAGACUGCUGCUUUCGCUCUAUUUUGCAGUGAAACUGAACCAAAGUUGUUUGUUUACAAGGAAGCUGAUGGUGAAUACCAAGAAAUUUCUGCCUCUGCUUUGAAGAAGGCUCGUAAGGGUUGUGAAGGUUUGAAGAAGAAGGCCAUCAAGCAGAAGGAGCAAGAUGCUAAGAAGCAACAGCAGGAUGCCGACAAUGCCGCAAAGCAGAUGGCAGCUUUGAACAUUAAGAUCGAAGAGGACAAGUCUCUCCCAGAAGCCAAGAAGUGCAAGAUUGGUCAGUCCUAUGAACUAGUUGGUCAAAGAGUCAAAAUCUCCGGCUGGAUCCACAGAUUACGUUCUAACAAGAAGGUUAUGUUCAUUGUUCUGAGAGAUGGUUAUGGUUACUUGCAAUCCGUAUUAACUGGUGACUUGGCCAUUGCCCAACAAUCCUUGGACUUGACCAUUGAGUCUACCGUCACCCUAUAUGGUACCAUCACUAAGGUUCCAGAAGGUAAGUCCGCCCCAGGUGGUGUUGAACUGCUUGUUGACUACUAUGAAGUAGUUGGGUUGGCUCCAUCUGGUGACGAAGCUUUCACUAACAAGAUCGCCGAAGGUGCUGAUCCAUCUUUGCUUCUAGACCAACGUCAUUUGGCCCUAAGAGGUGAAACUCUGUCAGCCGUGAUGAAGGUCCGUGCCGCUCUGAUGAAGUCCAUCAGACGUGUCUACACUGAAGAGAGUCUAACUGAAGUCACUCCUCCAUGUAUGGUUCAAACCCAAGUCGAAGGUGGUUCCACUUUGUUCAAAUUGGACUACUACGGUGAGCAGGCCUACUUGACUCAAAGUUCCCAACUUUAUUUGGAAACUUGUUUGCCUUCUUUGGGUGACGUCUACUGUGUUCAAGAAUCCUUCCGUGCUGAGAAGUCUCACACUAGAAGACAUUUGUCUGAAUAUACGCACAUUGAAGCCGAAUUAGCUUUCUUAACAUUUGAGGAACUGCUAGACCACAUCGAGCGUGUAUUGUGUAAGACCGUCCAAUACAUAUUGGAAGACCCAAUUGCUGGUCCACUGGUCAAACAAUUGAACCCAGAUUUCCAAGCUCCAAAGAUGCCAUUCAUGAGACUAGAGUACAAGGAUGCCAUUGAAUGGUUGAAGGAACACGAUAUCAAGAACGAGGAUGGUGAAGAAUUCAAGUUCGGUGAUGACAUUGCUGAGGCAGCUGAAAGAAAGAUGACUGACACCAUUGGUGUUCCAAUUCUAUUGACCAAGUUCCCAGCAGAAAUCAAGUCAUUCUACAUGCCUCGUUGUAAGGAUGACAACCGUGUCACUGAAUCCGUUGAUGUCUUGAUGCCAACUGUCGGUGAAAUUACUGGUGGUUCCAUGAGAAUUAACACUGAAGAAGAACUUUUGGCCGGUUUCAAGCGUGAAAACAUUGAUCCAAAGGCUUACUACUGGUUUAUUGACCAAAGAAAGUACGGUACCUGUCCACACGGUGGUUAUGGUCUAGGUACUGAACGUAUCUUGGCAUGGCUAUGUAACAGAUUCACUGUCAGAGACUGUUCUCUAUACCCUCGUUUCUCUGGUAGAUGUAAGCCAUGA